ACACUGUACAACAUCAUGAUCAAACGUGAUGCGAGUAAGGAAGUAAAGAAAGCAUUUCAGGUAUACAAAGGCGACGGUGCUACGGGUGGACCCGAAGAUUCACAAUUACAAACAACUAUAAAUGGAUACGGAUAUCAACAGCAGGCGACGGUCCUAGAACCAGAGCUAAUGGCCCCUGAUAUCACUCCAAACAAAACAAGUUACAUCAAACCACCGGAGAAUCCUGAUCAACAAAUUGAUGAAGGGAGAAACUCCAAAAUUAGUGAUCAUUACACAGAACCAUUUAGGGUCAUACCAAACGAUAGAUCAGAAAGAACUAGAGUUAGAGAAGAGAACAACCAAGAGGUUGUUGAUAUCACAAGCACAUCAAUCCAAACGACCAAUGAAAACUUGACCGAAGAUAGGUCCAGUUCCCCGUUAUCUUAUGAAGUACAGAAAAAUGAACAAGAGGAGUCGACCUUGGUUAUGGAACCACUGGGAGUUACAGAAACACGGCCGAAAUAUCAACAAUUCGCUAUCUUAGCUACCCGUCUGGGAACAUUUCGGAAUUGGCCAAGUCAUCUGAAUCAGCGUCCGGAGCAGCUAGCAAAAUGUGGAUUGUUUUAUGAAGGAAAUCAUGACUAUGUGCGAUGUUUCCACUGUGCUGGGGGCUUAAGAGAAUGGGAGCCAGAGGAUGAUCCCUUCAUUGAACAUGCCCGAUGGUUUCCUUUCUGCACAUUUAUGCGACAGCUGAAGGGUGACAGGUUCAUUAUGGAUGUCCAAUCCGGGAAGAUAACCUCGCCGUUACUGAAUGUUCCAGCAGUGACGGCAAUACCAGAGGACGGUUUUGAGAAUUGUAUGGACCAUCCAGCGGUGCUCAGUGUCAUGGCUAUGGGAUACUCGGAGGGGUGGAUGAAGAAGGCGAUUUCUGUGUUGAGAAAACAUAAAGAAAAACCUCUGACCGCCGAAAAUUUAUUACAAAUCGUCUGGGACUUAGAAGAAAGCGGUGAAAUUCGUGAUGAGAACGAUGAGGAAUGUAAGAAUGAAACAGCCAAAACCCCAAAUCCGACGGGACGUCACAACAGUACAACGGACGCAAUCAAAUCAGAAGCGGUCCAGGCACACUCCACGUCAUAUCACAACAGUAAAACUGACUUUAUCAAAUCAGGGCCGGCCGAAGAACACUCUUCCUCUAAAGAUCUUGAAACACUUGCCAACGAGAACAGGGAACUUCGUGAACAGAAGACGUGUAAGGUGUGUCUGGAUGAGGAGGCCAGUAUAGUGUUUUUACCUUGUGGUCAUCUUGUCACGUGCCCACUAUGUUCCUCGGCAUUGGCAAAAUGUCCAGUUUGUCGCACGUUCAUAAGAGGCACUGUCAAGGCUAUCAUAUCAUAGGGUGACACUUUGAAAUAGGCCACAACUUAGUGGAUAUGUAUGGAACUAUUGACACUUUUAUAGACGAAGCAAAGAAAAUAAAAAUAAUAGAUUAAUUGCGUCUCAAAUUGUCCUAACCUCAAAAAGAGUGAUAUCCAUGCAAUGUCUUAAAGAUUCCUUUGAUAAAUGUGAUAUAAAAUUAAACUAUCAUUAGUCCGUCAUAAGAUUCGAUAUUGUGGCAGGGAGAUCGUGAUUUCGUUGUUAUGUUUUGUUUACCAUACCAAGGAAGUAAUCUUUUGUUACAUAAUAUUUAUUUAUAUAUAUACAAAUUGAUUUAGAAGUAUUCUAUUUAUUUAAAUGUUGGUAUAUUGGCUUUUCGUAUAUAGACCUCCUGCUAUACGAUCCAGGUAACAGAAUUAUCGACUUCAGAAAUGACUCUAGCCACUUCUGUUCAAAGCUAUGUACGUAAGGUUGAACCUACAUACAAAUGAAUAUGUAAAAUUUUGUUGAAUUAUUUAUCUGUCGAAACAAAACAUAUACAUUUUGUAUGAUAACGUGUGUGUUUUCUAAAUCGUCUAUUCCCUAUUACAAACAGCCAUACACUGAUUAGAGACGAGGCAUUGUAACCUACUGUGAUAUAUUUAUGAUAUUAAAGUUUUCUGUUGAUCAAUAAACCGGGAUAUUUAAUGAUUGUGCUAUGUAAUUACUGAUUAGGCUUGUUUUACUGACGUGACGUAACAACAAUCGUUCUGAUAUGUGACGUUUACUUAAUGGAUAUUUAUAUACUACGUUUUUGGAUUAUCUGGUGGUUAUUUUACGAUCGGAAAUGGACAUAUAAUACAUAACAUUAAAACAUCAUUGAAUUUUAA